GACUGCUUCUUGGGGUGUAAAUAUACAUUUUUGUCUGGCAGGCUCUGCCAGACGGUGGUGAGUCAGAUGGGCUGCAUUUGUUUUUGACAGCCGAGGUGAUUGUGGAUUGUCCCUGUUGUUAAGUGGUCCUGGAAGCCGGACGGCUGAUUUCCCAAAAGAUGGCCCUGCUCCGAUGUCUUAAUGGGAAAAAAACCUAAUCUAUUGUCCAUGCAAGGGGAAUCUGACAGUUUCCUGGUGUGAGGAAUUAUCUCCCUCUGGGGUGUGUUGCAACUUGUCCAUUUAAUUCCUAGGUCAGGUUUCGGUCAUUCUUUAAUAUAAGACAUUUUUCACAAGGAUAAAGAAAAGGAACAGGUAGGAUACAUAAUUCAUAUAUAAGAACAAUAUUUUGCCUUCGUUUCCCAAGCCUUUUAUGGUGUGGAAUUCAUAAAAUAUUAUAAAAGUCCACAGGAGUCGAAUCUGUGGCUCUCUGGGUGAAGCAACCCCUUCGGGUCAAAAGGUCAGCGGGAGGGGGCACUCCAGGGAUGGGGGCAGUUCAUGGAUGGGGGCAGGGGCUCUGGGUGGCCCCCGCAUGCAGUCCGAACUUUGGCAUGCCUGCGCUUGCAGAGAAAACUGUGCCGCAAUGCAAGGGAACUCUGUUUUGACAGUUUUUUGACAGAUGACAAUCAGCUGAUCCGCGUCCGAAAACCUUAUCAAUUUGCGAGCAGGUGCUCUCCUUUUGACAGUGAGGCGUUUUUAGAAAGGAAUAUGAAAGAUGAACAUGCUAGGGUUCAAAACAAAGGAGAUAUGGCCAGAAAUAGAAGCUGGGGGUAGCCUGUUGUUCCGUGACUCGCCCAGCGAGGGAGGAAAGGGAAGGAGGGCUGAGCCGCGAGAGGGAAUUCAUGCUCUCAUGCCAUAGGGGAUACAAAAUAGCUCUUAUUUGAGAUGGUUACAAAGCCCAGGGCUUAGAAAGGCACAGAGAGGAAGCAAAAGAUACAGUUUUUAAGCGGUUGCUGGGCAUGUUUGCACAGUCAAAUUGGUCUCAGCGUGACUCUUCCUGAUCUGCGGAACUCAUCGCUGCAGGUCAGAUUAGACUAGAUGCAGAUGGUCGCCCGGGUCCAACCACAAUAGUGUUGUAACCGUGCGGUUUAAACACAUCUGCCCGUUUAAGAAUGAGAGAAUACGAUAAGAACUGAAACUAACACAUUGUUGGGAAACAGAAAAUAAUCUCCCCUUCCUGCUGCUUCUAGGUCUGGGUACAAUGUGCUGAAAACCAUCAGCACAUUGUGUGAUGGAUUGUGUGUAGCUUGAGAAUAUGGUCAGACAGGACCCAUAAUGCCCAUUACUGUAUGUUCAAUUUUGUGCAAAUGCAGUGGGCCAUAAGAUGUUUUGGGCAUUCUGACUUUCUAUUUUUUACUUGAGAAGAACAUAUAAGUAUUUACUUGCAAGUAGAAAGGAUGAUUUGACAAUUAAACAGUUUUUAAUAACGCAAAUAUUCCCUGUAAAAUGUUAAUAAAGUUGGAUUCAAGUAUCUCAUGUCUCGAUUGAGGUCAGUGUAUUGAAGGCACCUGGUCUGGAAUAAUCCUAAAGAUUUGUUUCAGCAUAAAGUCAAUAGCAGUCCUAACUACAAUGAAAUAACUGAAACAACAAGAACUUCCUUAGUAAACAACAGUGUUACUUACUCUUGUUGGGACUAGCAAUUCUUUCCUUGUAAUUCAAAAGAUGAGCCCAGAGAACUCCCAAAUGAAUCCCAGGGAAAUGAAUGAUACAAAGAUUAACAAUUACAAACAUAAUUCUCAGCUAUUUUAGAGAGACAAUUCAAAGUAUUACUUCAUAUGGAUUCAAUGCCAUAUGCUUUCUUUUGAAUUAACAUGGAGAAUUAAUAACAAUCCAUUUUUACCUGCCCUGCAAUUAUCAAAAUAACCACGAUUGAUUUUGCGCAUUCUCAAAUCCCUGAGGAAGUCUAACAAACAUGGCAAAAGAAUGGCAAAGAAUGCUAUUAAUAGUCUCCAUGUUGUUAAGAGCUGGGUUAGAGAUUAGCAGACAUCCCUUUGUUGGAUCCUGUACAUGAAUGCAUAGCGUACUUGCCAGGAUGUCAUUACCUGUAACAUUUUAUAAGCCAUGUUGGAAGCGUGCAUUCAUGUCUAGUGCAUUUUAGUACAAGAUGGUACCAUUCAUAGCCCUGGUGUUAGUGGCACUGUCUAAACCGGUGAGCCUUACUUCUGUUGCUAAAUGUGUCAUUGGUAGGCCACUUCCCAUUAAGUACAAGUAUUAUCAUUCUGGAGAUCUCCUCGUUGGUGGGAUUAUUUCUCAGCUCUACAUGUUCUCCGACCUGAUAACAUUCAAAAGACAUCCCUCUGAAGAACUGGUUGAUGAUAUCGUGUGAGUUAAUAUUUAAUAUUCUUAUAUAAAUCAUGUUUCAGGCUAGAUAGAUACAAUAAUAUAGAUAGGCAUGCUAGGUUGAUGGGCUGCAACGUUGUUGGGACUGAGAAAGACUGACAGGAAAGGACUCAGCCACUUCUUGGACAUAUAGUAGUAGUAAUUGUAGUUGUAGUAGAGAUUUUUGUUGUAAUAGUUUUUCUUGUCGUUAUUAUGACUAGAGAUGGAAUUCUUGAUUCAUUUUCUUCUUGGAAGAUGUAAUACCCAAUUUGAGCAAUACUCUUCUUGCUGCAGUUGUUCAAAGCAUAUUCACAUCUAAGACCAUAUUCUGUGCAAAAUUAACACAUGGUUGUUUUACACAGAGCAAAGCAUUUUCCAGGCAACAUGCUCAUAACAUGCUGUUUACUGUGAUAUGUAAAGUUCAGGAGAAACUGCAAGUGAUAAUUCAUGUUUCCCUGAGUUAUGUAAUCUAUUUUGUGCAAUGUUAUUAACAAGAUACGCUGAUUUUUUUCUAUAUUACUUUUAUUUAGGAAUGAUUAUAUUGGGGGAACGUAUCAAUCAAAAUUAAACAAAUGAAUGACAUAUAAACAGAAAAAUAAAUGCAUCAGGUUUCAGAUUCUGAAAUGGAAGCACUGUGGCAUGGGUUUCUAUUUCUACUUUCCUUGCAGAAUGUUUACCCAGAACUACCAGCAUAUCCUGGCCAUGGCAUUUGCUAUCAAUGAGAUAAAUGGAAAUCCAUGGAUUUUACCUAAUACCAGCCUGGGCAUUUAUGUCUCCAACAGCUAUUUCAUGGCAAGCUGGACCUAUCUUGCAUCAAUGGAGCUUCUCUCUACACAUGGUAGAUUCAUCCCUAACUACAAGUGUGACUACCAGGACAAGGCAGUAUCUGUCAUUGCAGGACCUAGCUCUCAUAUUUGUCAGUUUAUGGCAACAAUUAUUUCCAUUUACAAGAUUCCACAGUUUAUAUAUGGUUCUUCUCCAGUGUUGAACGACAACAUGCAAGCGGCUUUUUUUCAACACAUGUUUCCAAAUGAGGACAAGCAAACUAUGGGCAUUCUCCAGUUGCUCUUACAUUUCAGCUGGACCUGGAUUGGUCUAUUUUACCUAAGUAAUGAGAGCGGAGAGAGUUUUAUACAGAGCAUAGUACCCAUGUUUACUCAUGAAGGUAUCUGUUUUGAUUUCAUAGAGGCACUGCCCAAAGAAAAGUUUUCCACGAAUGCUGAUGAAAUGCUAACUGAGUGGUUUCAAACAUAUAAUAUUAUAACGGAGAGCACUGCUAAUGUUAUCCUCUUACAUGGACAAAAUCAGAUCAUGGUAUUUUUAAGAGCAUUUCCUUUGCUUUCAGAAUUCUACAGCAUUUCAGGAUUGAGAAAUGGGACAAUUUGGAUUUUGACAGCCCAGAUGGAAUUUGCAUCCCUUCCCUUUCAAAGAAUUUGGAACAUAGACUUCCUCCAUGGUGCAAUAUCUUUUGCAGUUCCCUCAAAGGAGGUGUCAGGAUUCCGGGAAUUUAUCCAGACGAGAAAUCCUGUUUCUGAAAAAGGAGAUGGCUUCAUUAGGAUCUUUUGGGAACUGGCAUUUGAAUGUUCUUUCCCUAAAACUGUAUUAAAUCAGGAAGAUGGUAAGACCUGCAGUGGGGAGGAGAGACUGGAAACCCUUUCUGGGUCUGUUUUUGAAAUGAGCAUGACAGGCCAGAGCUACAGUGUCUACAAUGCUGUCUAUGCCGUGGCACAUGCAUUGCAAGCCAUGCUUUCAUCCAAACUGAAACACAGAGGAAUGGCAGAUGGAGGGAAAAGAGUGCUUCUUGAUUUACAAUUGUGGGAGGUAAGCCCUGAGUGUAUGAAUGCAGGAUAAUGCAUUACGUCUGUAUGUACAAUUAGAGUCAUAUAAAUGCU